AUGGCGACUAUCAGUCUUUGGAAGGGCAACACUCGGCUUCCGCCAGAGGUGAACCAGGUUCUCUACGUCCGGAACCUUCCCUUCAUGUACAAUAUCUUCGGCAAGUAUGGCGUCAUUCGCCAGAUUCGCAUCGGCACCAACAAGGACACACGAGGCACUGCCUUCAUCGUCUACGAGGACAUCUACGAUGCCAAGACCACCGUCGAUCACCUCUCUGGCUUCAAUGCCGCCAAUCGAUACCUCAUCGUGCUCUACUAUCAACAGGCCAAGAUGAACAAGAAGUUCGAUCAGAAGAAGAAGGAGGACGAGAUCACUGAUUUGCAGGAAAAGUAUGGCAUCUCUGCUAAAGAUAAGUAG